AUGAAUCUGAUAACCAAGCACAGUACGCUUCUGGGACACUUGGAAUACUUCGCCGGAGUCCCCGGUUGGGUGAUAGAGGCCAGCUGCCUUGAAGCGGCCUUUCUUGUGCACGAGGUGGCAGAGAGCACCAGACUUAAGAGGAGAAAAGAUCUUGACAAAGCGUUCAUAUUGAGGCUAACGGCCAUUCCCAUCGCUGUCAACUAUGCCACGAAAGCUUGCCUGGGUAAACAUGUUGUGCUUGGUAUGGUUGAUAUUUGUGAGUUUAAUUAUCAUGUCGAUCCUCUGAUCGAGGGGAUCAAAGAUCGCUCCCCAGACACCAUGCAACUGAUCGAAAAGGUCAUCUGUCAGAUCUUCUCAGACAAAGAUUCCUCUGGAGUUCUACAAAACAAGUCCGAGGGCGAUGCAAUUACUCUGGAAGCCUGUCAGGGCCACGAAGAGGUAUAUCAAUUGGUCAAAGAACUGGAAUACAGCGCGAAGCAAUUCAUAGAGCAUCCGCAUGUCCUUACUGCCGGUGACUAUGAGCAGAGAAACCUUCGCAUGGAAAUUCGUGUCGGCUUGUUAGCUCAAGUCUCCAAAGUCGCUAUGGCUAUUCCAGAUUCGUCCAGUGCACCAGAUCUCAGCUUCUAUCAAUUUAUUCAAAAAAUCGGGGCGGAUGAUACGCUGAGCUCGAUGGCUAUAAAAUCGAUCAUUUGUUUCAUUCAGGGGCCCUCUGAUGUUGUGUGCGCUACUCCCAUAGAAAGGUAUCUGCUGGAGGAAUUCAAUCGCCACGUUGCAAUCUGGACUCGGAUGUGGAAUGACCAUUCGAGCAUUGAGCGGGAUCGUGUCGACUCCAGCCUGAAUGUAGUGGACUUCCCCGAGUUUCAAUCUUGCAUUGAAGAUGCAGGGAAGAGGCGUUCUCUUGCUGAUCUUAUUCAACACGAAGAAGAUCGGCUCAAUGAGAGUUUGGAGAGAUUCGCUAGCGCAGUGGCUUCGCGGCCCAAAGCCGGUUACGUUGUCACUGGUCUUCGUUGGUACUUGGGUAUUCUCCAUGUUUUUCGAGAGCAGUAUAACGCCGGGGCUGUCUAUGCAUCUAAAAUGAUGUGA